CGAUCCUCUCGAUUUCAUUUCCCAAAGCGUUCAAAAAUACUCUCACAGUUUCCCUCUUGUUUUUCCAUAUCUAUCACUGGUUCUGGCGAAGAGAGAGGAGAGGGAAAACGUUGAAACCGGCAUGGGAAUCAAUUCCAAUCGAGUGGAGAACUUGGAAAGUCAUGAAACGGUGGUGAGAAUUCCGCCGGAGGUAAUGCCGGCGUCACCGCAGGCGGCGGACGAGAUUCAUAAGGUCUGUAUGCCGCCGAAGCGGACUACUCUGCAGAAACUCAAGCACAAGUUGUCGGAGGUGUUCUUCCCCGAUGACCCGUUCCACAAAUUCAAGGACCAAUCGUCGUUCCGAAAAUUCCUUUUAGGUCUUCAAUUUCUGUUCCCGAUUUUCCAAUGGGGACCGGAGUAUACUCUUGCUCUUCUCAAGGCUGACGUCGUCUCUGGUCUCACAAUUGCAAGCCUGGCUAUUCCCCAGGGGAUAAGUUAUGCGAAGCUUGCUAAUUUGCCUCCAAUCAUCGGAUUAUAUUCAAGUUUUGUGCCUCCGCUGAUAUAUUCUAUCCUUGGAAGCUCCAGACAUCUCGCCGUUGGCCCAGUUUCAAUUGCCUCCUUGGUCAUGGGAUCGAUGCUGAGUGAAGAAGUCUCCUUCACCAAAGAGCCAACCCUGUACCUUAAGUUGGCUUUUACUGCCACCUUCUUUGCUGGCGUUUUCCAGGCAUCUUUGGGUUUGUUAAGGUUAGGCUUUGUGAUUGAUUUUCUGUCAAAGGCUACCUUAGUUGGCUUUAUGGCUGGUGCAGCAGUCAUUGUGUCAUUGCAACAACUCAAAGGGUUGCUUGGAAUUACCCAUUUCACCACCAAAAUGCAAUUUGUUUCUGUCAUGUCUUCUGUUUUUCAACGCAAAGAUGAGUGGUCCUGGCAAACUAUUGUUUUGGGCUUCAGUUUCCUUCUCUUUCUUCUGGGAACAAGGCAUAUAAGCAUCAAGAAACCGAAGCUUUUCUGGAUUUCAGCAGCUGCGCCACUGACAUCAGUUAUUUUGUCCACUCUUUUAGUCUUCCUUCUCAGAACAAAGGUUCCAAGAAUCGCAGUGAUUGGUCAUUUGCCAGAGGGCUUGAAUCCUCUAUCUCUGAACAUGCUGUACUUUUCUGGUUCUGAAUUGGGACUUGCCAUUAAAACUGGCAUUAUAACUGGAAUUCUUUCCCUGACUGAAGGAAUUGCCGUGGGAAGGACGUUUGCUGGUUUGAAAAACUACCAAGUGGAUGGGAAUAAAGAAAUGAUGGCUAUUGGUUUUAUGAACAUUGCUGGAUCUUGUUCUUCAUGUUAUGUUACUACAGGAUCGUUUUCCCGGUCUGCUGUGAAUUAUAAUGCCGGGGCGGAAACAACUGUCUCCAAUGUAGUGAUGUCUGCAACAGUGCUCAUAACGUUGUUGUUUCUAAUGCCACUGUUCCAUUACACUCCAAAUUUCAUCCUAGCAGCCAUCAUUAUAACAGCAGUGGUUGGGCUAAUUGAUUACCAAGCGGCACUCAGGUUGUGGAAAGUUGACAAACUCGACUUCAUAACUUGUCUUUGUUCUUUCUUUGGCGUUCUUUUCAUCUCGGUUCCACUGGGUCUUGCCAUCGCGGUUGGAGUUUCUGUUUUCAAGAUUCUUCUGCAUGUCACCAGGCCAAACACCAUGGUUUUGGGCAAUAUUUCUGGGUCUGAAAUAUUCCAAAACCUCGACCGAUACCAAGAAGCCUCAAGAGUGCCUUCAUUUCUCAUUCUUGCCAUUGAAUCUCCCAUCUACUUUGCAAAUUCAACCUAUCUUCAAGAAAGGAUGCUAAGAUGGGUUAGGGAAGAAGAAGAUCGGAUAAAAGCUAAUGAGGGCAGCCCUCCGCUGAAAUGUGUAGUCCUAGACAUGACAGCUGUGGCAUCCAUAGACACAAGCGGUAUAGAAACAAUAUGUGAACUUAGAAAGCUGUUGACGCAAAAAUCACUGCAGUUUGUUCUUGCAAAUCCUACUGGAAACGUGAUGGAAAAACUGUACAAAUCAAAUGUCUUGGAGCCGUUCGAGUUCAAUGGCCUGUACCUCUCAGUUGGAGAAGCUGUAAAGGACAUUUCUUCUUUAUGGAAGAGGCGGCCAUAACUUACAUCUUCAACCUAUCUUAGAGAAGAGAGACAGAAAAUAGAUAUAGAUUACUAGUGACGACGAAAAAUCGGCCGUCGAGGAGAGUUUUUUCUUUUCCUCCCAGGGUUAGGAGAACAGAUUCCCACCCUUGUUCAAGCAAUUUAGAGGCAACGAAAUGUUUCAAUCUUUGUGUUUCUUUCUUGCUCCCAAGUUCUUUACUUUGCAUUCUCCAAUACACUACACAAGCUAUCUCAGUGUUUGAUAUCUCAAAUAUUUUGACAAUAAAGUUGAGAGAUGUUACUUCCA